AUGGGGGUGCGGAACUCAUUGCCAAUGGAGGGUGUGGAUGUUAUAUUGGGUAAUGACUUGUCAGGGGCAAGAGUGUGGAAAGAUGAUCCACCUUCUCUUGUGUCGGAGGUCGGGGCAAAGCAGGGGGGUAAUGAUGAAUCUGUGAAUGUGUCUCGAUCUAAACCGGUGUGUAUUGUCGCCAAGCCUGUCACGGUCCCAUCUGAAGACUUUGUUGUUCCGUCGGAGCAGAUUGUCACGGACACUCCAUCACGUACCAACCUGGUGCAGCAUGACAUAGAUGUUGGUGAUGCUAAACCUAUUCAGCAGCGUUUUUAUCGUGUUCCUAUAGAGAAGCGAAGACGUAUGGAAAAGGAGGUUGACUAUAUGGUGCAGAAUGGGAUAGCGGAACCAGCAUCCUCCCAUUGGGCAUCACCGUGUUUACUUGUUCCUAACAUGUUUGACAUCACAUACAGGAACAGGAUAAGUGACAUCAAACACCCCUCCUCUUUGCCCUAUUGUUCUCUUUUCUGCUGCUCUCUUCAAAAUUACGGACACUUCAAAGCCACGGUCAUACGCACAACGAUGAACCACGGGCUGAUAAAAGCGUUCCUUCUCUGCAGCCUCAGUUGGAUCUCUGUCUCAGGUUCUGAGUCUCAGACUGUGGAGGUCCAGUCUGGUGAUGAUGUCACACUGAUGUGCUCCGGCAUGGACGAAAUAGUAAGAGUCAGAUAUUGGCUGAAAGUUGUCAAAGGAACCAACAUCCAGUGUGUCUCUACUAUGGCCAGUCAUAUCAGUGAAGUGACAUAUCGUGAUGGAUACAGUAAUCAUAAAUUCACUAUGUGGUCCAACACCUCUACUAUCUUUCUCAAAGUCCGUUCAGUGGAAUUAAACGACUCUGGAGUUUAUUACUGUGGAUUUAACAAACAUGGACGUCCAUUUCUUACUACGAUACAUCUAAAGAUCAAAGGAAGCAACGAGUCAGAUGAAGACGUGGACAGAACGGACAGUAACCAUACAAGUAUGAUUUUAUUAUUAUUUCUAUAA